CGGCUCAUUUUCAUUUUUGUACUCAUAUUACUCUUACUUAAUUUGUAAUUCUUCGUGAAUAAAGACAUUUAAUUGUCUAUUGAGCGAUAAUUGUUCAGUUAUUUGAUUAAAUGCUUGUGACAAACAGAUUUGUGUAGGAAAUGUUGCAAACCAGGUUAAUUUUGUCGACGACAUCAGCGCUUCGGCUGAGGACCUUGCCCUGUCUCCGAGAAGAGCGACGUUUCCGGAAGAGAGUGGCACAGCCCUUGCUGCCACCCCCCAUCACCGUCAAUCCCGACCAGUACUCGGCAGUGACGGAGGGAGGGGCUGGUGGCUCAACGUCCUCGUAUUUCCCUCCCCUCUCCGCGUUUAGAACCUCCCAAACCGACCCGGCAAAACUGGACAAAUCACACCUCGGCAGGUUUUACACGGUAGAUAAUGAGUUCUACAAGGGCGUCAUGAAUCCCAUACAAUGCUACCCACCGGAAUUUCGACAAAAUUGUAGCACAUUUGGAGAAGUGUGUGUCAUGAUACGAAAACCAUUUGUGGAUAUCAAGAGUUGCAUUGAAGCCUCCGACAUGAAGAAGCCCGUGAUUCGAUACAUCAUAUAUGGUCCUCCUGGAAGUGGUAAAACAAUGACAAUGUGCUGUCUUGCUCAUUACGGAUUUGUCCAGGAAUACAUUUUAGUUAAUGUGCCGUGGGCCCCAUUAUGGACUCGUUUCAACAAAGAAAUUGUGCAGAGCCCUACAAGGCCUGGUUUCUUUGAUCAUACGAUCAAUGCCGUGACAUGGCUUACCCACUUCAAAAUCCAAAAUGCUAAGUUGCUUACACAGCUUGAUUUAAAAACACAAAAGAGGUAUGAAUGGAGUAAAAGAGAAGAAACUUCUGAAGGAUCCAAUUUGCUUGAUAUCGUAGAGCAUGGUAUCGCUCGACCCGCUCAUGCUUCAGAGUGUAUUUAUGCACUUCUCUCGGAUCUUAAGAGCUUAUCCUCAAAUCAAAAAUGUAAAACGAUGGUGCUAAUUGAUGGAAUCAACGCUUUAUAUUACGAGUGCAUCAAAAUUAAACGACCCGACAGGACUCUUGUCCCACCAAAUAUGAUAACAGCAUUUGAAGCAUUUAAAGAAGCCAUAAAACCAGAUUGGUCCGGAGGGGUCGUUGUGAGCACUGUAGAUAAACUUGCUGGACAAAAUGAGAUUAGAGAAUCCGAUUUGCCAAGAUACUUAUUGACAAAGGAUGGGUGGGAACAUUUCGAUCCUUUCAUCCCCGUACGAGUAGAGAAUUACACGUCACAAGAAGUUCAAACCACGAUAGAUUAUUUCUUGGAUAGGAAAUGGCUGCAACAUCCCCAAGCAGGUUCUGAGUUUGGAAGAAUUGAACUUGAAUAUUUAUCAACUAGAAAUCCAUUGACGUUAAUGAAACUAUGCAAUUUCCGAUGAGUAGAUAUUUAGUCUCUUUUUGUUUUACCUAUGUAUUAGAUUUUAGACAUUUUGUAAAAUAAAAGCAAUAAAUUAUAUAGUCAUCGCAAGUCCUUUA